CGAAUGCUGGGAAACGAGUGCAACCGUGGGAGCCCCUGGCAGAGUCUUUGACGGGCUGGUAAGCCACAGCAUGGCACUAUGGAUAUAAAGUUCCCCCAGUUCCUGCCCAGCUCUUCUUCCUUUCCUCCUCACCACACACUCGCUCUUAAUACACCGGUCUAUACGCCGAUUUCACUCGUUUUCGCGACCUCCACGAUCUAUACCUAAUACCAACGUAAUAUCCAAACCAACAAUCAAAAUGCGCUCCUUCGCUGCCAUCGCCGGCUUUGUUGCCGCUGCCAACGCCUGGGCCUACAACUACACUGCUCCCCCGACUGAGUCCACCACUCUGACCAUCACCAACUGCCCGUGCACCAUCUCCAAGCCUGUUUAUACCCCGCCUUACUAUCCUCCGGGUAACAGCUCAGCGCCCUAUGUUCCGGCCCCGACUGGCACUGGUGUUCCCACCUCUGUCUACCCGACCAGCACCCCGACUCCGUCCGAGUUCCCUGGUGCUGCUGGCAAGGCUGGUCUCUCUCUCCUCGCCGUUGCCGGUGCUCUCGCCGCUUUCUUGUAAAGCGAUGAGGCUCCGGGGGGCUUCAGUAUGAGCUAUCCACUAGCCCAUGAUCACCGCGCGCACAA